GCCUAGGGACUAGGGUUUUCAGAGUUUGAAAAGACGAAAUAGUGAGAGAGGAAUUGAAAAAAGCGAGCCAUCAUGAAGAAAAGGGGAAGGAAGUGUAAGAAUACAGAAGAACAAAGAGAUGAAGAACACGACCCGUGUUCCAUCAUUGCUCUGGAACUUAAAGUAGAGAUUCUCAUGAAACUGCUGCCGGAAUCCAUAGCAAGGCUAGGUUUCGUUUCGAACCACUGGUCAUCGAUCAUCCGCGGCAAAGACUUCACCGACUUGUACCAGACUCGAUCUUCGUCACAGCCGCGUCUUCUUUUCGCUGUCUACCGUCGCAACACGCAGAAGCACUUCUUUCACUCCUGCUCUCAGGAGGACCCGUCUUCUGAUCAUAGUAGGGUCAGUUACACUCUCAAUUCGGAUCUACGGUACUGUUUUAAUCCACCCAUCGGCGGUUUCAUCUUUGGUCGAAACGGUACUAAAGCGAUCAUUGGAAACCCUAGUACUGGUCAGUUUGUAUCUUUGCCUAGGGUUAAAACGAACAGAAAGAACAUAUUCUCUGUUUUUGGAUACGAACCAGUUAAUGAUCUAUACAAAGUGUUGUGCAUGACGGUGAUCACUAAACGUGGAUCACAAAGCUUCAAGUGGGAAGAUCCUUUCUAUGAGGAGCCUAUGACAGAGGAGCAUCAAGUUUUAACGGUAGGACCUAAACAAAAAUGGAGAAUGCUCGAAUGUAAGUUUAUCCAUCGUCAUCAUUCUGGAUCUCCAGGGAUAUGCAGGAAUGGGGUUGUGUAUUAUCUAGCUUCUCUCAACGAUGAAAAAUCUCUAGUAAGCUUCGAUCUUAGAUCUGAGGACUUUAAUGUCAGUAAGCUACCUGAGGAUUAUAUACUACAACAGUUUGGUAAUUUGGUGAACCACAGUGGAAAGAUAGCUAUAGUGUGUCAUGGAUACAGCGGUCCAAUGGACCUAUGGGUUCUUGAAGAUGCAACCAAAGAAGAAUGGUCAAAAUUUGCUGCCGUGAUCCCUUCUAUUAAAGAUAUAUAUGGGAAUGAUCAAAAGGUCAUGUUCUGCGGUAUACUUGCUACCGGUGAGACUAUACUUGCACCGAUCCCAUCCCCUAACCCGUUCUUUUUUAUCUGUUACGAUCCCAAGGAAAAAGAUGCCAGAAAAGUUGUGAUUGAAGGAAUUGGGGAUGACUCUGCUGUUAUCCGAGUCUUUUUCGAUCAUGUAGAAAGUCAUAUGGUUCUGCCAAAGGUACGUUAAGUUGUUGACAACUAGCUAGUUC